AUGUACCGAAAGCAGCAAGCGGAAGGCCUCGCUCAGGGCUUCGACAAGCUAAACCUCUCCAAGCCAAGAGCCCCCCCCGUCAGUCCCUCCAAGCCACAAAGCAGCACACGGGCUGCGGAGAAGCCCGCUCCAAAGCCUCAGCCAAACGAAGAGAGCGCUUCCUUAUUCCAUGUAGCCCCGGAGGUGCUCUUUGGAGGCAAAGCACCAUUUGCUUUCAGUUCGAUUUUCCCUCCAGAGAGAGCGGUAGGCGCAAAGAACCAGCAGCCCAGCAAGGCAGCAGAACGGGAUGCCUUCGUCGUUUUCGGUGCUCAAUCAGCAAAGGCGCUCGCAGCCCAAAACCCCUUCGUCUUCCAGACCCCUCCGCAGGCCCCCUCCAAUCAAACGGCUGCGCCAGGCUUUGGCUCGCAUCUCCCCUCCCCUUCGUUUGUCCAGUCGCCGCUGCCGGAUCCUGAAAAGGCGAAACCGGCCCCUCCGCAAGGCAUCAAUGCGUUUGUCUUCAGUGCUGGGAGCAGCGGAGGCAGCGCGAGCGGCGCACGCGAUCAGCCCGAGUCGCUGGGGAAGAAAAUUGGCGAGGCUGACAGCUCGCAAUUCAGCCAGAGCUUCGCAGAGAGGCUCCACUUAGCUGGGGCGAAGUCGAAAGAGGGAGUCACAUUUGAGGGAGCCGCUGCCGGCACCGCUUCAAGCCUCGAGGGUCUCAGGGGUUUCCAUUUCAAGGGCUCCAUUCCAGACGAGGACACGACUUCAGAGAGCUUCGGCGCUGGGGUGUUCGGCAAGAGUCAGCCGGUCUUUGCAGCUCGGGACUCGAGUCCUGAGGUUGGUGGAAGCCCCCAAGUGCCCCCGUUUGUGGCGUUUGGCGGUGGAGGGGUGUCCCCAGGGACUCCGGCGAAGCGGCGGUCAGAGCAGAAGAUGGCCAAGAAGGCGUCUCCCUCCGGCAAGACCGCGUUCACGGCGACCAGGAGCUUGCAGCGGACUCCCGUAGGGAAGCCACCGAUACCCGCAAGUCCCAAACCAGCCUCUGCUGCUUCUGGGGUUGUUGAGAGCGGGAGCGCGAACCCAGGGGCCGGCGGGGUACCUCUGGGACCGAUGGAAGAAGAGCAGGAGGCGAGGGUUGAGUCGCCCCAGCCGAUGGACAUCUCCCCCGGGCGGGAGAGUUUCGAAAAUGGAGAUGUGCAUGGUGCGGGGCCGGAGAAGCGGGUCGGAAAAGAGGACGCCAGUCCGGCCGCUGCCAAAAGGGGGGAUAAGGGCCUUGGUGAAGAGCAGAGUGCGGGGACGGCAGAAGCCAAGGGCUUCGGAGCGACUGUCAACAACCGCUACGCAGCGACGGGGGUAGGGAAGCCCAGGGCGGGUGUGAAGGGGCCCCGGAAGGCGGGCGUGAAUGGGGUCCGGGUUAGUGCGUCGUACGAUGGGGACUUGGAAGAGGGCAGCAGCAGCUUUGAGGAGAGCGAGGGCGAUAAGCGGACGGCGAAAGGGGGCGAGGCUUGGACUGGUCGGUGGACGCCGCCUAAGGAGCCGUACGAGUACGACUCGAGCGAGAGCGAUAGCCAGAGCGAUGAUGACGUGAACCCGGAGGCGCAGGACAAGGACUGGGUCCGUGGGGAGAAGGAGAAACUAGAGCGGCUGAAAAAGACGGCGCGAGAGGUGGGCAAAGGGGGGGAAGAUGGCGCUGGCGCGGUUGAGAACGAGAGCGAAUCUGCUACAGGAGCAGCCGAAGGAGUAGAGGCGCUGGGGGCUGAUGUCGAGGAGAUGGACUUGGGCUCGGUGGAUCAAAAAGAGUUGACGGAGAGUUCCGAAAGCGAUGCUGAGGACGAGGCGGAGAGCGUAGCCAAGGCCCCAAACGGUGGUGAGAGCAGCAGUGCACAGCCGGCCGAGGGCGUCAGUGAGGGGAUUGACGAGCCGGUUAGCAGGCUCGGGGGCUUCAAAGAGGGCGAAAGGGGCGGACCAGCGGAACCGAAGUUCAACGAACCAAGUAAAGCCGAAGAGGUUCCUCCAGCGAACAUAAAAACGGAUGCUGCACCAAAGACUUCAGCAGGUUCGUUCAUUUUCGGUGCGGGAAAGGCUGCUGAGGGGCCGUUUGCCUUCCAGGCCCAGUCCCCGGGCAGCCCCCCCAGACCGCCACCGGUGGCCGGGCCGUUCGUUUUUGCGUCAGGCCCGACGUCGCCCAAGUCGCCCCGGCGCUCGUCCCUUUCGAGACGGUCCAUGGAGCGAAGCGACUCGCUGCGGCGUUCGACCGAAGGCGGCCGGAGGCGGUCUCUGGAGCGAGGCAAGGCUCCGAGGCAGUCAGCAGAGAAGACGGUGCUUGGGGUUAGUGGCCCGGGCUUUGCCCCAGGGGCGCCAAAAGGGGCGGGCAGGUUUCCGGAACCACCGGGUUAUGGCGCUUCCGAUGCAGCAAAGAGCAGCGCGCUUCCAGAGUGGACCUUUGCAGGCAGCCAGUUUCCGGAUUCACCUAACCCGACCUUCCCCAACUCUCCUAACCCGACUUUCUCUCCCUCCCCUAAUCCUACUUUUCCCCCUUCUCCUAACCCGACUUUUCCCGCCUCUCCUAACCCGACCUUCCCCACCUCCCCUAACCCAAUCUUCGGCAAUCCGUUCUUUGGAGGUACUGAGUACGCUGAUCCUAGCAAGCCAACGUUCCCAGACUCGUCUAACCCGAUCUUUCCCGGGUCCACCAUGCCCCAUCCCGCAGCGACAAGCGCUGCUCAGGUGCAGUCGCCAAAACCGGUCCGGAAAGCGCGCAGGGUGGGCCCCAGCAGAGCCCGCGCGAGCUGGGACAAGCUCCACUCUAGUUCUCUUUCCGGAGGGGCCUCUUCGUACAUCGAUCUGACAGCCGAUGACGUGGCAAGCCCGGAAGCCAUGGACGAGGAGAACGGAAACGGAAAGAGGCAGGAGGUUCAGGGGCCAGGGGGCCGCAAACCGUCCCGAAACCAAGUGUACUAUCCAGAAAGCUCGGAAAGCUACUUUCAGUACUUUGAUCCGACCAGCGGCGCGCCAGUCGAAGAGGGUGCGCCGAAGGUUGAAGGUGGUCUCGACGAUCUACCUCCGGAUGUGGUCUCGUUUAGCACCGCUCAGGCAACGGAAGCCGCAUCUACCUGUGAGCGGUGGCGGCUCAAGGGGAACCAGGCGUAUGCCAGUAAGGACUACAAGGGCGCGGAGGCUCUCUACACCAAGGGCGUCGACGCUGUGACGACCGGAGACGGGCUCGUGUACGACAGGUGUGCAAAAUCGGCCGCGCUGUGCCUGAGCAACCGCGCCGCCGUCCGAAUGGCCCUCGGGCGCGUCCGCGAGGCGCUCUCGGACUGUCUGACGGCGUGCGCAAUCGACCCCGAGUUCGAGAAGGUGCGGCUCCGGGCCGCGAACUGCCACCUCAUGCUGGGCGAGUUCGAUGCGGCGCGGGCGUGGUACGCAGAAUGCGCCAAGGCGGGAAACCCCGGUGGAGGGGGCGUGAGCAUCAAGGUCUGGGCUGAGGCGUGCGAAAGCCUCAAGAGGACGGAAGAGGUGCUGGCAGCGGUCACCAAAGCGGCAGAGCUACUUGAGUGCCAGGAUCUCCUGACCUCCGUUUCCCAGCCCGACACCGAAAACGUUUCUGCACCCGAGACGACCCGCCUCCUAGCCCGGCCGUUCCGCCAGGUGUCAGCAAGCCGCGCGUCCGAAGCCCUGAAGCUCGUGUCCGCCACCCUAGUUGUCGCAGGGCACUCGGAGGCGCUCCACGAGCUGCGCGCGCUCGCGCUCCUCUGGCUCCGCAAGUUCGAUGACGUCAUUGAGUUCUGCGAGUCGAGUCUGGCCGCGUCGGAGCUCAAUCGGGCGCGCGGCGAGGGCGCGGACGGCGAAGAGGAGGAUUCGGACGGGGUCCUAACGGGGGUAGAAAGUGUCCGAACGUGGCGGUGGCGUGUGAGCGCUCUGGCGCAGUACCACCUGGGGAAACUAGAGGAGGCGGACGAGUUGGCCGGGAAGGUGGAAGCGGUAACGGUCAACGAGAAGGGCGCGGGAAGGGCGGCUGCAUCGGAAGAAACUCUCGAGGGGUUGCGAGCGUUCAUCAAGGAGCUGCAGAAACACAAGGCCGCUGGCAACGCUGCGUUCCAGGCCGGCAAGCGCGAGGUCGCAAUCGAGCACUACUCGGCGGCGCUCGCGUGCAACAGCUCGAGCCGCCCCUUCAACGCGGUGUGCCUCGCCAACCGCGCGGCAGCGUACCAGGCCCUGGGGAGCUUCGCCGAGGCGAUCGCAGACUGCAGCCGGGCGGUCGUGCUCGACCCCGGGUAUGCAAAGGCCCUGUCCCGCCGCGCCACGCUCCACGAGCUCAUCCGCGACCACUCGGAGUCCGUCCGCGACCUGGAGCGCCUGUCCGGAAUCCUGACGUCACGCCAGAAGGCCUCCCAUCGGGACCCGCAGCUCACGCAGGAGAUCCGGGGGGUCGCAGAGCGCAAGAAGAAGGCUCAGGAAGCGGUGCAAAAGGACGUCCCGGUGGAUCACUAUAAGGUGCUCGGAGUGGAGAAAGAGGGAGGCGAAGCGGAGAUCAAAAAGGCGUACCGCAAGGCGGCGCUGCGGCAUCACCCGGAUAAGGCUGUGCAGUUCCUGAGCAUGCUUAAGGAAGAAGAGAAGGCGGCCGUGACUGAGGAGAUCCACAGUGAAGCCGAGCGCCUGUUCAAGAUCAUCGGCGAGGCGUACAACGUGCUGUCAAAUCCUAGCAAGCGCAUGGCGUACGAUGCGGACGAAGAGGACCGCACUUUCCGGUCGUCCGUGCGCAACUUCGGACGCUCGUCUCGAUCGCAUGGCUUUUCGCGCUCUCACGGGGGCCGGGGCUCGGGGGCGAGCUCUUGGUCAAACGUGCGGAGGCCGUUCGAUUCCGAGUGGCCGGAAGACUUUUUCGGCCGCAAGGGGCGCGGUGCGAGCAAGUCGAGAGAUGACGACAACUCGGACUACUAUUGGGACGCGGACUUUUACUGAUUGAAUGGACGAGAAGCUUAUCCUAGUUUUGACUGAUCUGGGGGAUCACGUAGAUCAACAUAGGUGUAUAUGAUAAAAGGGGCACCCACUAACGCGACAUCACACACGCCGCUGCAUGUUGUAGAACUGGGCGUUUUGGUACUCUUCAUUUAAGCUCCUAAAGACCUCUCUUCCUGACCAGUUCCUCCAGCCAACCCCGAUGGCUGCAAUCCUAGUCUGGGUCAGGCAAGGCCGUAAAUGUACUCAAAUGCUCAAGGCAGCACGGCCAAUAUGUGCCUCCUACAUUUCUUGCUCGAGACUGUAGGAGGCUGCAUGACAGACACUGAGUCCAAAUACAAGCAUUGUCGAACAUCAUCUAAG